AUGGCCUCAGAAAUUGUUUCAUUUCACGGUAGCGACACUCUCAGACUGAGGUCGAAUGUUGCCAGGUUUAAAUGCGAUGUUUGGACUUGCGGAAAGUUUUUCGCUAAUCAACUGUACGACUUCUCUCCAGAUAAAAAUCGUUUCGGAGAACCAAUAAAAACAUCCCUAAAACUCUCUCCUAACGGUUUGACGUUAGGAGAUAGAAUUUUGGACAAGUUGAAGGCAAUUGGGGCGCAAUAUGAACAUUUUGAUUUUGAACGUUUGUUCGACAUUUACCAAGAUAGAAAAUAUACAAACUUGGUUGUUUGUGUCUUGAAAUCCAGACUGCCAAGUUUCAAAUAUGAAAUAUACACUUAUACUGUCAGGAAAGUUAACGACGCAGUUUCGUUUGAGAAACUUUUCAGAGAACUCGUCACUGGAGAAAAAUAUUUCACUGGCAAAUCGCCAGAACAAAUUUACGGAUUAAAUACUUUAAAACUAUCAGAAAUUAAAUCAACUGCAGUAAAACCAACCGGGUCAAUCAAUUAUUCUUCAUCAAAAGUUGGGCGUCCAAUUUCCAGAUCUGAAAAUAAUUUUGCAAAAACAUUGACAAAGAGACCGACUGUCGUUUACACGGGCACCAAGACAUCUCAGAGUCAAAAUAAUUAUCAAAAUGGAUUGAACUAUAGACAAACGAUUAGAGAAUCGAAUGCCUUUGAAAUAUUUCCUCAUAAUGAAAUAUCGCGCACAAACUCCAGCACUCAAACGCAGACAAAUGGUUUUACGGACAGCACAAUUUCCAGCAUCGGCUCUUACACCACUAAAACAUUUUUGAAUAAAAACGGUCUUAUAAUGGCAGAUGCAACGUGUUACGUUGAGAGUAGAACGGACAGCCUUGAUUACACAACAAAAGCUCGAGCUUACGUUGGCAAGAAAUCAACAUCUCCUGCCAGGAACUACCAAAAUAAAGUUGGCUCGCAAGUUGAAAAAUCAUUCGACUCACUGGCAAGCAGACAGCAGCAGGUACCUUCAAGAAGUUAUGCAGCGUCCCUUCGAAAUAGCUCCAACGAUCGAGAUGUCAUAUACGGGAGGGUGAAGAAGAAAGAGAGCCAAACACAAGUCAUGACGAUCUCGGAAGGCAGCAGCAGUAAUUCUUCUGAGAACAUCACCAUGCGUCCAAGCAUGUACAACUACCACACGCCACACUACAACAACAAUUACAAUGUUUCCAAUCGUUACAACAACCAACAACCGAUGACUGGCGUUCCAGGCACGUAUGACAACAGACGGUCAAAAAAUGUACAACCUGCUUCUUACAACGUUGCUGGCAGGACGUAUUACUUGCAGGCACCUAUUUAG